AUGGCUCCUCCCAUCAGCGGGAGGCUACACUCCCCACCAGCAAGGAUUCAGCUCAGGCACUCAGGACCACCAGGACCCAAAGGAUUCACAUGCCAGCCCCGGCUGAAGCCCAGCUCCUCAUCAACCGAGGAGGAAACUGAGGCACAGACACUUCAAGGACAGGACAUCGAUGUCAUCUGUAACUUCCGGUGCACUGGGGCACACAGCUGUAUCUCCCCAUGCUCACCUCCUGCCUCUUGCUCUGCCCAGUGUGAGGACUUAGCCUGGAUCACCUCCUCCAGGACAAGAACAACCUACCAUCAUCUGUCCCUCCAAUCUACCCACCCAUCCAUCCCUGCCUCUGUGCAUGCAUCUGUCCGUCCAUCCAUCCCUGCCUCUGUACAUGCAUCUGUCCGUCCAUCCAUCCCUGCCUCUGUACAUGCAUCUCUCAGUCUAUCUAUCCCUGCCUCUAUGCAUGUAUCUGUCCGUCCAUCCAUCCCUGCCUCUGUGCAUGCAUCUCUCAGUCUAUCCAUUCCUGCCUCUGUGCAUGCAUCUCUCAGUCUAUCCAUCCCUGCCUCUGUGCAUGCAUCUGUCUAUCAGUCCCCGAUCCCUUUUUUGUAUCAGUGUUGAGUGCUCACAACUCCCUCAUCCUAAGACACUCGUUGGACCCAUUCCCUCCCUUCACCCCAUGCUGCUCUCUGCCCUCCCUUCCCGGUCAAGUUCUCCAGCCAGUGGUCUCAACUCAAUCUUCACUUCCCCUGUUCCUCUCUCACCUAACCCCACUGCGUUCUAAAUUCUUCCCCAAUGCACUGGGUCUACAGGCACUAAAAAGGUCACUUUGUCCCUGGAUGACCAAACGCAGGCCAAUGUAACUUACUGGGCUUGUUUUUGCCCCAGCCACGGCUGACCACUUCCUCCUUCACUCUUGUUGUUGAUCACCUUUGGGCUCAGUCUUUCUCCAUGUCUGUUGAGUGCUUCUCCCCUGCCACUUACCCCUUCAUGCUGGGGUUCUCUGCAGCUCUGUUCCUGACCAUCAACAUGUUGGUCAGGCUGGUCUCAAACUCCUGACCUCAGGUGAUCCACCCGCCUGUGCCUCCCAAAGUGCUGGGAUUACAGGUGAAAGCAAUCGCGCCCGGCCUAUAUUCAUAUAUAUAUUGAGGGAAUGAAGUCACCUCUUCUAGGAAGCCUCCCCUUGCCCAAGAGCUUUGGGCCAACAUCUCUGAGCCCUUGCAGGCUUGAGGACUUCCUCUGCUGGGAUUCUGUGGAGCUGUGUCACCGUGGUUGUUGUCAUUGCCAGUCACUCUUCUGACUCAGCUGCCAGGUAAAGGUUUGUUUUCGCCUCUGUAAGCCCCCAGCUCUGGCUUGGAGCUAGGCACCUGCUAGGCCUCUGUGAUGGUUCAUUGCGUGUGUCAAUUUGGCCCAGCUGUCGUGCCCAGCUGGUUGGUGAGACACCAGCCUAGAUGCUGUGGGGAAGGUGCUUUGUAGAUGCAAUUAACAUCUACAUUCAGUUGACCUUAAGUCAUUAGAUCAUGCUCCAUAGUGUGGCUGGGGGUGGGGUGGGGGCAGAGCCAAUUAGUUCAAGGCCUUGAGAGCUAAAGCUAAGGUUUCCUGGAGAGGAAGGAAUUCUGCCUCCAGACUGUCACUGAAAUCCUGAGUUGCCAGCCUGCCGUACAAAUUUUCGACUUGCUAGCCCCUACAAUCCCGUGAGCCAUUUCCUUAAAAUAAAUCUCUUUACACACACGCACACACACACACCCCCCACACACAAAUACACACGCACACACAUCCCACACACACAUGCACACACACACACAUCCUAUUGGGUUUGUUUCUCUGGAGACCCCCCAGCUGACAGAGCCUCCAUCAAUAAAUAUAAUUUAAACCUAA